AUGGAAACACUCAAGCUCACUGAUUUAACAAGGAGCCCAAGAAUGGAAAUACAUCAAAAUCUUCAUAUGCAGCCAAAGCAGCCUUUCCGGCAUCAGCAGCGGGCAAUGAGCAUUCGUACAUCUUUUAGUUCAUCCACGUUGCCUGUGUCUUCCAAACACAGAGGAAAAUUCAUAAACCUACGCGACAGUGUAAAAAAGAGUCCUACAAAAAGCACAGCAAAAGUAAAAGCUGCUAGUGGUUGGGUGUCUGAUGGCUCAUGUUCUAACUGUUCUUUAGAAAAGCCCACAGAAGCUGUUCCUUCCUCUUCUCCCAUUGUCCCCGUGAUCCCUGUCCCACCAGUCCCUGCUGAGGCCACUGUCAUCCCAUCCACUAUACCACAGGCAAAUCCCCCUCCAGUGCUGGUGAAUACAGAUUCUUUGGAGACUCCAACAUACGUCAAUGGCACAGAUGCAGAUUAUGAGUAUGAAGAAAUUACUCUUGAAAGGGGAAAUUCAGGACUUGGCUUUAGCAUUGCAGGUGGUACAGACAACCCACAUAUUGGGGAUGAUUCAAGUAUUUUCAUUACAAAAAUUAUAGCCGGGGGUGCAGCUGCACAGGAUGGAAGAUUACGGGUUAACGAUUGUAUUCUACGAGUAAAUGAGGUGGAUGUUCGUGAUGUGACACACAGCAAAGCAGUCGAAGCAUUGAAAGAAGCUGGAUCAAUUGUACGAUUGUAUGUCAAAAGAAGAAAACCAGUCACAGAAAAAAUAGUGGAAAUCAAACUUGUAAAAGGUCCUAAAGGUCUUGGUUUCAGUAUUGCUGGUGGUGUAGGAAAUCAGCAUAUACCUGGAGACAACAGCAUCUAUGUAACCAAAAUCAUUGAAGGCGGGGCAGCACAUAAAGAUGGCAAACUUCAGAUUGGAGACAAACUUUUAGCUGUGAACAGUGUUUGCUUAGAAGAAGUUACUCAUGAAGAAGCAGUGACUGCCUUAAAAAACACAUCUGACUUUGUUUAUCUGAAAGUUGCAAAACCCACCAGCAUGUUCAUGAAUGACAGUUAUGCCCCUCCUGACAUCACAAACUCUUAUUCUCAGCCAGUGGAUAACCAUAUCACGGCAUCUGCCUACUUGGGACAGUCCUUGCCGCCAGCAUCACCGGGGCGAUAUUCACCAAUUCCCAAGGGAAUGCUUGGAGAUGAUGAGAUUACCAGGGAGCCUAGAAAGGUCGUCCUGCAUCGAGGAUCAACAGGUCUUGGUUUCAACAUCGUUGGAGGAGAAGAUGGAGAAGGAAUUUUUAUCUCUUUCAUACUUGCAGGAGGGCCAGCUGACCUGAGUGGAGAGCUUAGGAAAGGAGAUCGUAUAAUUUCUGUAAAUGGAGUAGAUCUAAAAGCAGCAACCCAUGAACAGGCAGCAGCAGCCCUGAAGAACGCAGGCCAAGCAGUAACUAUCGUAGCUCAGUACCGUCCAGAAGAAUACAGUCGUUUUGAAGCUAAAAUACAUGAUUUACGGGAACAGAUGAUGAACAGUAGCAUUAGUUCAGGAUCAGGAUCUUUGCGAACCAGCCAGAAGAGAUCCCUAUAUGUCAG